UGCCCCGGCUCCUCGCUGCAGUUGCCGUCCCGCAGCCGGUAGCCCCUGAGCGCCGCGCGGCUCCGCGGCCGGGAUGUUGGGGGGCCAGCAGCAGCUGCAGCCCCUCACGCUGCCCCCGCAUCUCCAGCAGCAGCAGCAGCACCAUUACUACCGGCGCCAGCAGCACUACAGCACGCUCCCCGCCGGCCGGCGGUCCCUGCCCUGCCCAGAGCCGCGGCCGCUGCCCUGCCGGGAGCCGGAGCCGCUGCCCCGGCCGCUGCCCUGCCCGGAGCCCCCGCCGCCGCCGCGGCCACCGCCGUCCCGGGAGCCGCCGCCCUGCCCCGAGCCGCCGCGGCCGCUGCCCUGCUUCGAGCCCGCGCCGCAGCAGCAGGAAGGCGGCGCGGCGUACGACCGGGUGCGGACCUACGGCCCGGGCUGCCGGCGGGUGAGCGCGUCCUGCUCCUCCCGGGCGGCCUCGCCGCUGGAGUGCUCGCACGGCUACCAGCAGGUCAUCUCCGGCUGCGACCCACCGCAACAGGGCACUGUUCGGAGGAUCAUAAUUGAGAAUCCUGAUCAGGAGCCGUUAUCCCCAUUUCUUAGAGGGGGGAAUUUCUGUCCUGGAAAUAAUGUCAUCUAUGAAAAAACAAUAAGAAAAUACGAGUUAUUAAAUCCCCACCAAGAGAAGCAGUAUCAGUUUUCCCACCAAUGUCAGAUUCCCCAGCAAGCCGAUCAGAGCCACGCUGCCCAGCCCUACCAGCACUCCGAGCAGUCCCAAGUCACUCACCAGUGCCAACAGACACAGACCAGUAGCCCUUGUGAAAUAUUUCCAGUCUCUGUGAGCGAUGACUGCAGAGGAAAUACCGUGAGGAGGGUAACAGUUCAAACCUGUGAACCGGUGAAUUGCUCUCAGGAAAAUAACGACCAGCUGGACUGCCGCUACUUUGGUGAGCUCCUUGCUGAGCUGAACCGCAAGACCAACGACUUGCACAGUUGUUUACUACAGCAUGUGGAAAAGAUAGGAGGAAGGACCCAUGACAUUGAAUUAACGUGUCAGACUGAAGAGAUUGAAGAUUUAAUUCCCAAAGGACUGUCUGAGGCAACAAAGCAGCAGAUUCGUUAUCUCCUCCAGAUGAGAGUGACAUCAGAUAAAUCUUUGAGACUUGUGCUCUCCACUUUCAAAAAUUUACGUGAGGAGCUCUGCCAUUUGCAGGAUGACCUGGGGAAGUUAGAAACAGACAGUGUAUUACUUAAGAAGGAUUUGGCUUUUAAAGAUUCUCAAGUAAAAGAAUAUGAAACGAUGUUGACUUCUCUGAGAGAGAAUAAUCGUCAGCAGCAGCAAGGUCUCAGAGAGAGUACCGCAAAAUGUCGCUCUCUGGAAGAACAGCUCCUCUCUCUUCGGCUCAGCGAGGGAGAAAAGGAUUGUCAGCUGAAGGAACUGGAGUACUGCAAGCGUGCCUUGGAGCAGGAGAUCCAGAGCCUUCGACUACAGACCUGCUCUAAUCCAACACUGCAGACCACCACAGACGAACUCUCCAGCCGUUACGUAGAGAUGAUAAAUAACUUAAGAGAGGAUAAAGAUCGUGAGAUCCGCAGUCUCAGGUCUCAGUUGUGCCAAUUCCAGCAAGACAUAUCAAGGAGAGAAGGAAGUAACAGUGACUUGCAAAUAAGAUUGCAUGAACUGACGUCAAUGUUGGAAGAGAAAGAUGCUUUUAUUAAACAACAGCAAGAGGACCUCUUCAGAUUGAAGAAUGAGAAAUUAUCAGGCAGUCAGACCCCUGGCGUAACAGCUAUCAUCACUAAGAAGUACCGGAACCAGUAUCCUAUUCUGGGUCUCUUGUCUGAUGACUACAAGGUUACAUCACCUGUCAAUAAAUCACAAACUAUUGUCAUUGAGAGGACUGGAGAGAUAUGGAAACAUGAAUGAAAAAUCUCUAAGCCAUCAGAGCUGCUCAAAGGACUUCGCAAUGACCAAAAUUGCUUUACUUUCUGCUAAUUCGCAUCCAAAAAAGGUUCAGUCUGAUAGUGAGAAAGGCUGGGGAACACAUAAAUGAUCUGGAAGCAUGAAGAUGAUGGAAAACACUGCCUCAUCCUCAGCAUAAAGAACUGCUACCUGUGUCCAUAAUCUGCCACUAACACCUGUGUACAAAUGUUAUUUGUACUUUUUCAUGCACGCACUUUUUGCUCAGGAGACAGCAGUAUGCCACGCUCCUGUGGACUUCAGUUCUUGACAUGACUAACUUCUGUUCUUCAGCCAGCCCUGAAGCAACCUAAAAGACAAGAAGACACCUGAAACCUUUUUCUCUUUGUAUGAUUAGCCAUAUUCCUCUGUCCUACCUACUCAUGCUGAGAGGUGAAAAGAACACCCAGUUACGCCCUGUAACCAAAUGGCUGGAUUCUGUACAGUCACAGAUUGACAUCUUAUCUACUCCUUUAUCCAAGGAAACCCCAGAACCAACCUUCAUGGGGAACUUUAACUCACUGAAAAACACUUACCUUCCCUCUCCCUAUGUAUGGGAAGCUAAAACACAAAGGAAAAUUAUUUAACUUACACCAGAUAUACAAGUCCUCAACCUUAGCUCCUGAAUUGGCAAAUACAAGUUAUCUCUUCAGUGACAUGAUUGGGCAAAUGCCACUUUUAAAGAAUGUUACUGUCCUCAGAGUUGAUGUAAUUUCAGCUGGACCUCUACAAGACCCCAAACCAGCCAUACUUCCUUUGCUGUGCUUGAAGAUUUCAAGAACUUGGUAUAUUUCUAUAUAAGCUUAGUAUGAAAAUAGCUCAUAGAUUAAAUCUCAUUAUAAGACCAAUCUUCCACUUAAAAUUUUUGCUCCUUGCAGGACCACAGAAAUUCUCAAAAUUAUUUGCUAUUAAUAAUUAAGCAGUUAUCUAAGCAACACCAUGCAGAGAAUCUUAGGGGAAAUUUUGAACCAUGCAAUCAAGAGGUGCUAGCUCUUUAUCAUGGGGGUUCUUGCUUUGCUUUAUUUCUGCAGAGCUAUGUUUUCUAUUCACAAAUAAUAUAUAUCACAGACAAUGUUUAAUGGUGAAAGAACACUGUAGGCUAUGUGUAACUAUGAAAUAAACCUGAGUAUAACUUUCUGAA